AUGAGCGACAACAGAGACAUACCGCCGGGCGCAGCGCCACCCCCUGCCCAGCGCCACCGCACCGACAGCAGCGACAGCUUCCACUCCCAAGAGGCCUCGCUCAGCACCACGCCUACCCAGAGCCACAUCCAGGGCCUCGGCCAUGCAUCCACCGCAUCGUCAUCGACUGCCGCCGCGGCAGUUUCGGGCACCGUCCGCAACGCCCCAGCAACCGCCGCAAGCGUCGACGCACCCGCCGCCGCGCAGUCCUCGCCCCUCGACCUCGAAGCGUGGCAGCGCUCCAUCCACCCAGCCUCGUCCGCCUCCGAGCAGAGCCGCCCCGGAUCAGCCGUCCAGCGCGUCUAUCGAGACCCUAGCCUCGAGGACAGCAGCCACGUUGCUACGAUUGGCCGAGGUCAGCCGCCCCCGCCCUCGUCGGCUGGGGGUGCAGGCCCAGGCACGCCCAGGCCGGCCCUCUCCCGGCCGCAGAACCCGGACCGCGACACGUCCCAGUCGCAGCGCUCCGUCAGCUAUGCACCCUCCGACUUUGACACCGUCUCGGGCGCCUCCGUCUCCGAGUACAGCUCCGGCAACGAGGACGACCAGGAGGCCAUGUCGCGGUCAGUCACCAGCCGCAGUAGGGGUAGAAUGCCCGAUCAUGGUGCACGCCAGGUCAGCGCAGCUGGCAGCCGCAGCGGAGGCGGAGGAGGCACCGGCGGAGGAGGCGCUGGGCGAUACGUCCUCGACACUGCCUCGCCGGCUGCGCAGCAGGGCACCGGCAACAAGGGCGGCACACGGCGUCCCUCGGCGACCAACACGACCCGCGACAGCAGCCGCACUCGCCGACACAGCCAAGCACCCCGCGGCGGCGACCGAGGCUACGCCAACGACGACGGCGACGACACUGACGACCGCUACGGUCCCCUCGACGAAGAGGACGACGAGGUCGAGAUCCACGACCGCGGCGAGGAGCUCGUCCGCCGCCGGAUGAAGGCCCGCCAGCGCGAAAAGGCGCUCCGCAAGAAGCGCGAGAAGCAGGCCGAGCGCGAACGCAACCGCCAGUCGCAGGUGCCGUCGCAGGCGCAGUCGGUCACGUCGCCCGGCUCGCCCCGUCUGGGCCCGGGCUCGGGCUUCUCGGCGGGCAGACCGGUCUCGCCCUCGCCGCGCCUCGAUCGCGCAGGCAGGCCCUCGACCAUCAUGCUGCCGCCAUCGGCCGGCUUCCAGAGCCUUCAGCACGGCGCGCUGUCGCCGGGCUCCCAGCCGCCCCUUGCCAGCCCUGGAGGCGGGCCGCGCUCCAGCUACGCGCCCAGCUACCCGUCGCCUCACGCCCAUAUCCGCAGGCCGAGCGCGAGCUAUGCCACCACUUCUUCGUACGGGCAGCAGCAGCAGCAGCAGCAGCAACAGUACCAGGCUUCCUUGCAGGGAACACCGAGCGGCGCUCGCACCACCUACUACGGCGGCGGAGGUCAGCAGGCGGCCAGCCUCGACGUCUUCGCCGAAAGCUUGCGUCCACGAUCGGCCGCGGGCAAGGCGUCGACCGAUGCCGGGUCGAGCGUGGCCGGUAGCGUCCGCGAAUCUGGCGAGGGCGAGCACGAGGGUGGCGAUGACGACGACGAGGAGCGCGAUACGAUUGUCAGCCUGGCCGACCGCCGGGGCCAGCGCGAGACCGACGACGAGCACAACGGCGAGGAUCGCGGCUAUGGCGACUACGACGGAGCAGACGGCGGUGAUGGCACGCCCACCGGCCGACGCCAGCGCCAGGACGGCGGGGAGGAGGGCCAGCUCGACGACGAAGACGACGACGACGACGACGAGGACCUCGAGGACGGAGACGACGUCGAGUACACGCUCAAGGACCGGCAGGACGCCAUCAACGUCGAACACCCCUUUGGCCUGCCGAUCUGGAAGCCCGCGCUAUACAAGAAGUCGCGCUCGGUCACGCGCAAUGCCGAGUCGGCGCUCCACCUGAUCCCCAGCGCGGCCGCCGAGCGCCACCUGCUGCCCGGCAACAUCCUCUGGACGGUCUUCUUCGGCUGGUGGCUCGCGGCCGUGUGCUACGUGUGCGCCAUCCUCAUCAACUUUGUGCCGGUCGGCGGUUCGCGCUACGCCCGCGUCAUCUGGGAGCUCGGCGGCUACCUCUUCUGGCCGUUUGGCAAGUACGUCGAGGUCGAGGUGGACCCGGAAAGUGCGGACCGCAGCCUGCCGGCCGGCGAGUUCCGAGCCCAGGCUCGCCAGGCGUCCGACGGAGCCUACGAGACGGUGCCGCCGUCGGCGGUCGACCAGACCUUCGAGCAGCAGCAGCAGAGGCAGGCGUCCGAGAACCGUUCUGCCGACACGCUCCGACCCAGCGAUGCUGUGGCAGCUUCCACCACGGGCGCCGCGGGCCAGAGCGGCUCUGCUGAUGAGAGCUCCUCGGGAGGCAGCGAUGCCGCUGCACGCCGCUCGCUGGCCUCGGGCUCCCAUAGCGGCGAGUCGAGCCGUACCUCGCACGCCGAGGAUUACGGCGUGCGUGCCGACGGCAAGGCCGAUGGCGAUGCCGGGGAGACGACUUCGCUCAAGGGCAAGUCGAAGCUUGGCGGCGGCUACGGCGCCGUCGACGACCUGGGCGAGGACGGCGCCGAUGCCCUGUCCAACUUCACAGAACAGGAGCGCAUCGAGGCCGAGUCGGCCAUCUACGGCUACGUGCACGACGACCACGGCAACGAGGUGGGCGUGGCGCGCCGCGCCGGCGGCAAGCUGGCAUUCGGGCUCGUCUACGGCCUGGUCGUCUUUCCGCUCAUGGGCCUCGUCUGCCUCGCGUGCUGGGGCGGCGUGUUCUCCAUCCCGAUGGCCAAACUGACCUGGGCGCUGAUCAAGAACCUCGCCAUGCGUCCUCUCGCGCUCCACUUCCGCUCUGCCCCAGGCAUCGAGCGGCCCAGCGGCGACGAGGGCGACGACGAGGACGACGUCGGCGACCGGGCCGACGGCGGCAACGGCAAGAAGGGUGGCGCGGGGGGCGCGGCCAGGAACCUCUUCCUGCCGCUCAAGCCGGGCCAGAUCGCGCCGCGCUCCAAAUCGUUCAGCCAGGGCAAGGGCAAGGCCAAGGUGCACCGGCGCAGCAAGAUCCUCCUGUGCACCUACCGCGCCGUCGGCUCCCAGUACUACAAGUACACCGUGGGCGGUGUCAACAUCCUCUUUGUCAACACGCUGCCGCUCGUCUUCUUCACCAUCUUUGACUUUUUCGUCAUCGAGGCUUACGUCGAGCGCCACGGCAUCCAUGGCGGCUUCCUGGGCCUCAUCAGCGGCCAGGGCGUCAUCUUCCUGCUGGCGCUGGCGUCCGUCAUCCCGCUGUCGUACUUUAUCGGCAUGGCCGUCGCGAGCAUCAGCGCCCAGAGCAGCAUCGGCAUGGGCGCCGUCAUCAACGCCACGUUCGGCUCCAUCAUCGAGAUCAUCCUCUAUGCCAUCGCCCUCACCCAGCAAAAGGCGCGGCUGGUCGAGGGGUCGCUGAUCGGAUCCAUCCUGGCCGGCGUGCUCCUGAUGCCCGGCCUCUCGAUGUGCUCGGGCGCCACCCGCCGCAAGGAGCAGCGCUUCAACGCCCGCUCGGCCGGCGUCACCAGCACCAUGCUCAUCAUGGCCAUCAUUGGCAUCCUGACGCCGACGCUCUUCUACCAGAUCUACGGCACCUUCCAGCUCACCUGCGAGGGCUGCCCGCGCGGCGGCUCGCAGCCCGGCGACACGUGGACGUGCAAGCGGUGCUUUUACGAGCACGUCGACCCGGCCACCGACCCCUUUUUCCAGCAAAACGUGCGCGGCCUCAUGUACACCUGCACCGUCAUCCUGGUGCUGUCGUACGGCAUCGGCCUGUGGUUCUCGCUGCGCACCCACGCUUCGCAGAUCUGGCAGAACCCGCAGCCCGGCCAGCCGGUGCAGCACCAGCACCAGCACCAGGCCCAGCACGGCGGCGUCACGACGGCCCACAACGUCGCUACGCUGCCCUCGGCGCAGCGAGCCUCGAUCUACAAGCGCCUCGUGCCGCCCUCGGUCAUGCAGCAGCUCCUCCCCACCAUCCACAGCAGUGGCGGCGCCGGCCAGCACGGCGGUCACACUCAAGGUCAGAGCCAGGGCAGCCAGCAGGCGCGUCCGCCGAGCCAGAUCAGCUAUGGUGGCAGCGCCGGGCAGGGGACCAUCAAGGGCGGUCCUCCGCAGCAGCAGCAGCAGCAGCAGCAGCAGCAGCAGCAGCAGCAUCGCGGCGAUGCCGGCCACGGCCAUGGCAGAUCGGCCACCGGCAGGACGGCAUCCGAAGCGGCCAACAACGACGCGGGAUCGCAGCUGCGCGUGCCGGAGCAGUUCAGCCGCGAAGAGUACGAGCGCGCCGUCGCCCUCACCGCCAGCGCCUUCCACACCGCGCUGCAGCAGGACCGCGAGCAGCGCGCUGCCGCUGCCGCCGGCGGCGGCGCCAGGCAGUCCCGUGGCACCUCGGUGAGCGUGCUGCUGGGCUGCACGGUGCUGUACGCCAUCGUUGCAGAGAUCCUCGUCGACGUCGUCGACGUCGUCCUCGACGGCUCGGGCAUCGACGAAAAGUUCCUCGGCAUCACCUUGUUUGCGCUGGUGCCCAACACGACCGAGUUCAUGAACGCCAUGUCGUUUGCCAUCAACGGCAACAUUGCGCUCUCGAUGGAGAUCGGGUCGGCGUACGCGCUCCAGGUGUGCCUGAUCCAGAUCCCGGCCAUGGUGGCCUUCUCGGCCUACUACAACGGCGUCAACGACGUGCCCGAGAACGUCGUCCACCAGAGCUUCACCCUCAUCUUCCCGCGGUGGGACGUCAUCGCCAUCAUCUUUUCCGUCUUCCUGCUCACCUACACCUACAUCGAGGCGAGGAGCAACUACUACCGCGGCAGCAUCUGCAUCCUGUCGUACGUCGUGCUGGUGGCGGGCUUCUUUUUCGCGCCCAACACGGGCGACACCGAGAUGCCCGGCGACUCUGGACCGGGCGGCCACGGCACGCCGCUCUCCUCCAACCCGCUUGCCGGUUUCGGUGGGCUGUACGGCGGCGGCGGUGGCGGCGGCGUUGGCAUGUCGGGUUUCAGUAGCUUUGCAGCGUCGGGCGGAUCGUUUGGCGGUCUUCCGCUCGCGCCGCCGUCGACGCCGAGCGUGCUGGGUAUCGCGGAACCGGCCUUUGCCCCGGCCCUCGGUGUGCUCCAGUGGCUCAGCGCCAUGUUUGUCAGCCUCUGGGCUCGUUGA